GCAUACAUUUGGGCAUUCAGUCGAAAAGCACCGCUGGUGGCGCUGGCCCAUCGUCAAUACCAUCGCUGCCUAGGCCUAUACCGGUAGUACGGGUACACUAUUGUCAAACAAAUCUCGAGGACAGGUUUUACUAUAUACAAACCAGUGUUUACAAAGCUUAGCUUAUGUUGUGGUCACAAUCAUAGAGGAUUUGAAAGACCGGAACACGCACGUGCAGAAGCGGAGGUAGCAGACGACAAUACGAAGGAUAAAAGUAAAACAAUCGUCUGCUAAAGGAUAAACCGCGUAUACAUGUGUGCGUUACCAAGGCAGUCACAUUUCGCAUUUGGACUAUUUUCACGGAUUUAGUAGAACUUUAUGGCAUCAAAAUGUUCAUUACGGUGAAAUACGGAGCGAACGAAUCGAUAAUUGUCAAUCCUUAUUGUGCUGUUGUGAAUUUACUGACGAACAUCAAACUGCGCGCGGGAUACGGGAACGCCAACGUUACACUGGAUCUAUCAGAUGAAACAGGACUGGUAAAAGAUCUUGAUCUUCAUAAAUACGACUAUGCCAACAAGUUCCUCACAUCACACACCACCUAUAUUCUAGUUGAGAAACAGAUCGUAUUUCCGGACGAGCCAGAUUCUCCCGAGGAUGGAAACUCUUCUCCCCAACCACCACAAUACAACUUUAUUCCAUUACUAGAAAAAUUCGAGGACCUUUUCCCAAAUUAUAAAGUGCGGGUGGCUCACUUUGAAAAGAAGAAGAAGCCAAGAGGGAACAGUGGGUCCAGCAAGUCACCGAGUCCGGCGGGGCGGAAAUCAAAGAAGCGGAUGACAGGCAGAAAGCCAGCAAAAUAAGAAGGAAUUUCCCCACACAAAUGUUUUGAGAGUCAUCAACUGUUGUAAGUUGAUGAGCACCAUGGAAAAGACCACGGCAGUGCGCCCGUCUUGACUGUGGAGGGUUUCAUGCAUCACGUCUCGUUUUUCUGAGCCCAGCACUGAAUCGGACGAGCCGGUUUCUGUUACUUCGGGACUGCCAUCAUGGCCAUGUGAUUAGCCAUGAACCAAUUAUUGGACGAAUGGGUUUCUGCUUCAUCGGCACUGUCAUCGUUGUCACAUGGUGUCCAAAAACCAAUCAAAUUGGGGGGAAUUGUCCAUGCUCCAAGCAUAGAUUGUCGGGUAUUCUCUCUGCCAACACGGAGUCUAUACUAGGAGUAUUAAAGUUUGGAAUAGGCUAACACCACACAUGCUUUAUGACUGUGUUUGACUUAUCUGUGAUAUUAUGACUCAAACGUACAUUAUUUGAACAAUAACUACGCACUCAAAAAGAGGCUAGCUUCACCGUCAAGUGAUUUUAGUCCGCUGAUACUUUAAAAGUACAGUUCACUUUGUCAAGUCGGAAUGGUGAUAAAUAAACCUUGGACCAAGGUAUUCUAAGAUAAAAUCGAACUAGUCAAAUGAUGGAAUCAUAGGUUUUAUGUUUAUCCGAUAUGAACAUUCCGUAUGGUACCCUUCUUUUUUCAGAGUUUUCCAUGCGUUACGACUAUGCUGCUUAAUAAAAGCAACAGCAUAGUGUUUUAUAAGUUAGCCUACUGCGAUCAAAUCAAAACGAUUGUACAUUAAAUGGUAAAGAAAUGCAUGUACAUGUAGUCUCAAUCGCCGACAUGUAUGAUAUGAUGCUGAUUACAGUUAGGCUGAUAUUUGAUCCUUGAUCACCACAAUACAGGAAGAGGUUCUCAUAGUGCAUCAGUCUUAUGAUUAUGCAUCGGUAGGCUACUGGAUGAGUCUUGUUGAGUAUGUA